AGGGUGGGCGGGUAGCGGCGGGAUCCGGAAGUGCGGAUCGCGCGCGCCUGACGUGAUGACGUCAGUUGGUUGACCCCCAGAGAGGGGUAAGAAUCCGUUGCGGUCGUGCAGCUUCGGGCUGAGGCGGGCGGUGGAGGGACAGGCAUGUCCUGAGCACUGGCUUUACAACUCCCAUUGGCUGGGAACUGUGGCCAAAGCUGCCUGCAGGUGGAGGCAGUGCGCACUGUGCAGCGCUCCCUGGCUGCCCCUAUGCCUAGUAGCCAAGGAACAUGUUACUGCUUCCGGGGAGCCUCCUAAGGGCCUGUGAAAUGUAUUUCAUGGUACUACUAGAGCAGACAGAAAAUGCUAUGAGGAAGGUAUGGGAUGGUCCAUAAAAGUAUCACAAAAUCAUAUUGGACAACAAAAGGUAUUGAUGCUGCAUUAACCUCCUUCUUUUGCUUGGAAUCAAAAUGUCAAAGAAAUCUGAGGCUCCUCUUUCCUUGACUGACUGUCUUUGCCAGAUCUGCAUGGACAUUUUUGUGGAGCCAGUGACCCUGCCAUGCAACCACACACUCUGUAACUCUUGUUUCCAGUUGACAGUAGAGAAGGCAAGUUUGUACUGCCCUUUUUGCCGCCGGUGGGUCUCUUCUUGGGCGCGAUAUAAUGCCCGCAAAAAUACUCUUAUCAAUUGGGAACUGUGGGAAAGGAUUCAAAAGAAUUACCCAGAAGAAUGCCAGCGCAGAGUUAAUGGACAGGAUCUGGAAGAGGACAUUUGUAUAUCCCAACCACUGCAUCAGCUAAGCAAGCCUGGGGAACUGAGACAGGAAUAUGAGGCAGAGAUUAGCAAGGCGAAGGCAGAGAGGUGGGCACACGAACAAGAGGAGAGCAAAGCAAGUGAGGAGUACAUUCAAAGGCUAUUAGCAGAGGAAGAAGAAGUGCACAGGCUGGCAGAAGAAAGGCAGAGAGAGAUGGAGGAACAGCUUAAACAAGAUGAAGAGCUGGCAUGGGAGCUGAGUAUCAAUUUGAACAAGUCUACUGAUGAACACAUGUUCAGCACUCCUUUACGUGCAAACAGUCGCACGUCUGGCCCAUCUCCAAUUAGUUCAUGCAAGACAAAAAACAAAUCAAGCAACUCUGGAGACAUCCAAAAGUAUCUAUCUCCAAAGCCACCUUGUGCCUCGGUACCAAUGUCGCUCUCUAAAAAAGCAGAGAAACGCAGGAAUAACUCCUUUUCUAUGGAAAAUAAUAACACUGAAGAUGACAUCUUAAUGUGGCAAGAAAAGGAUAGAGAGGAAAUGCCAACACUGUCUCCACAAACUUUCUCCACUGUUCAAGACAGAAAUGUUAAGGAUUCAUUUUUAGAAUCCUGUCUGACUUAUUUAAAUACCUCUCCUGUAGUGGGGUCUCAUCCCAUUGAGUGGGAAGGUCUGUCAGGAGCAAACUAUAAGGUAGAUAAAAUUACAAAUGCACUUCACAAUGUCACAAAACAGGAAAGGCCUGAUACUGGACUUUCUUCUUCCAGUGGAGAGUUAGCCAGAAGUGCCUUUGAAAAUGAUAACUCUACAUGUACAGAAAACAUAGACUCUGAAAAAUGUGCAGAAAUUAGCUCUUCUCUUCAGGAAGCAGUUGAUUCUGUGACAUCUGGCAAAUUAGAAAACAGGGAUGCAUCCCAUAAUCUCAUGGAAGUGGCUGCAAACUGCUCAGUUGAAGGAAAGAAACAAAAUGUGUUACAGAACAGUAAGGAGACACCAAAAAGAAAAUCUCAAGAAUCUCCAACUGAAUCAGCAGUUGAUGCAUGCUUGAUUGAUAAAAGGAGGAAAACUUUUCCAGAAACUUAUGAAGACCAAGAGGAGAAGGUAAAUGAUCUUAAUGUGCAAAUGCAUAUAGAUUUGGAGAAGCAGCUUUAUGAGAGGCGGAAGCAAGAGGAGCAAGACAGGCUCCUGGCUCUGCAACUUCAGAGAGAGAUAAACAGGGAGCAAAAGACAUUAAACCGAAAGAAAGGCUCUCCAGAUGAGUACCUUCUGCGUCCUAAAGCAUCUCCAUGUCUGGAGGAAUCUCCAACUGGGACAGGUAGUAAUAAGAUGGCAAGUGAGUCGACAUCUCCCAAGAGCCAGACUGAAACGAGUCAUCGGAAACCGCGAAGAAGCUCCCACAAUGAGAACUGGCAGCCUCCCAGCAACCUCCAGAUGAAAUUGCCGAGUGUCAGAGGAGGAAAAGUGUUGAACUGUGUCAACAGCUGUGACUCAAAGGAUAUCCAAUCACUGUUGACCAAGCAUAAGCAAAAGACAAUCCUUCAGAUGUUUAAGAGGUCUGUUUCAAAGUAAAAGAUCAGUAGAACUAUGAAGGCACAGUGGGGUGGAUGGGAAAUAAAGCAGUAUCCUUCCCUGUAUCAGAUAAAGCUUGUUGUAAACAGCUAGUUUUAAGUUGAUUGUAUUAAAGGAGGAUCAAUUUAGAGCAUAAAUGCACUCAGAAUUAUACAGUGCUAUUGAACCAAGGAGCCUCUAAUGCCUUUCUUUCCUCCAGACCUUAUCAGUUUUAGUUAAUUUCUUAACUAAAUACAGAACGAGUCUGUAUCUUCAAUUAUUUGCUCACUGCAGGGCUACAGCACUAGAGGCCUCCAUCAGCACAGCUGCUGUGCGUUAUGUUGAAGGAUUGGACUCUAACCUCACCAUGCUUGAUUAGUGUUGGCUGGUGAAGAUAUGACCGUUAACCAUGUCUAUUGUACUCUUUUCCUCUCACAGUUCUGUAAUAUAGAUUCCUAUUGAAAAUAUUGGCUAAAUUAGCAUUACUUUUUCUACAACAAUGUUGAAUUUCAUCAAAAGUAUAUAAUCUACAAAAUCACCAGACCGGAAAAGAGGUGGGGAGGGGGCGGGAAAAGUCAAGAUAAACAGACUAUAAUUUGGAGUAAGUUAUAAUUAAUGAAUCAACAAGUGUGAAUAAGGACUACGUUUAUUCCCAGUUUUGAGUUAGUUUGUCUGGUUAUAAGACUACCCUUUCUUUUUGUCAUCC